AUGUCAAGCAUAAAAGAGUUUCAACAUCUCAAAAUUCCACUCCAGGACUUAAUAGCGGCCACCAAUAACUUUGGAGACACCAACUUUAUCGCUCGAGGAGGGUUUGGGAAAGUUUAUAGAGGAGAACUUGUCCGGUCCGACGGGCUCACCAUGGUCGCUGUAAAACGCUUAGAUAGUGCAUUGGGGCAAGGAGCCCCAGAAUUUUGGAAAGAAGUCAUGUUACUCAGUCGGUACAAACAUGAAAAUCUUGUUUCACUUCUAGGCUUUUGUGACGAGGGUGGUGAAAAUAUCCUUGUGUACGAGUAUUUAGCUAACAAAAGUCUCGACUUGUACUUGAGUGGCCAUGAUCUCUCUUGGAUUCAACGUCUUCGUAUCUGCAUCGGGGCUGCACAUGGACUACAAUUCCUUCAUCAUCCUGCAGAGGGGAGUCAAGAAAGAGUUCUACACUGCGAUAUCAAAAGUGCAAAUAUUCUACUAGACCAAAACUGGAAACCAAAGAUUUCAGAUUUUGGUCUUUCCAAAUUUGGACCUGCUAACCAACAAUAUAGUUAUCUUUUCUCGAACGCUGUAGGAACAAUGGGGUAUUGUGAUCCAUUGUAUAUUGAGACUGGCUUCUUGACUAAAGAAUCUGACAUAUAUUCGUUUGGUGUGGUUUUGUUCGAGGUUCUUUGUGGAAGACAUUGUGUGCAAAAUUAUGAGGAUAUUCGUAGAUUUUUGGCUAGAUUUGCACGAAAGUGCUAUGAAGAAAAGAAACUAGACGCUAUCAUUCAUACUAGUCUAAUAGAAGAAAUUUCACCACAUUGUUUGGAAAGGUUUUCAACAAUUGCGUAUCAAUGUUUGCAGACAGAUCGCAGUGAACGCCCUUCCAUUGCAACAAUAGUGAAAGAACUGGAAAUUGCAUUGCAAUAUCAAGUGGAAUAUGAUUUUGAGAAGGAAAAGAAGUUGAAGCAACAUGUAGUGAUAGACUUUGACUCUGACAAAUAUUGGGAGACAAAGCUUCCAAGAGACUUAGAGGUAAUAGUCAAGAUGUUCAAGAUUCCACAUGCCAUCUAUGCUGUAAAGAAGGAAUUGUUUGCAUAUCUUCAAAAGGGACUUCUUUAUGAUGAAGGCAACAAGUUCUUUUGGAUAAACGAUUAUGGGAAGAAAUGUGUAUUGCUAUCAGCAAGAAUUUUUCUGAAUUGCGAUUUGACAACAUGGAUAUUCCAACGUGAUUUGAGGUAUAUUUUGUAUGUGAUUGUAUGUUCUUUUCCUCCGAGACGAGCACUCUCCUCUCAAGAAAAAAGGAUGUUUAUAUACUGA